AUGUUAGAUGCUAUUGGUCGUGAAGAAGUCAAACAGAAUGAAGAAAAAAAUAUUGAUGUUUCAACAGCAAUUAAAAUUAUUGCUCGUUUAUUAUCUGCUUAUCGUCAUCCAACUGCGAAUAUCAAACUUAAACGAGAAAUUGAUUUAGCUAAUGAAAGCCGUGAACCAUCGAUUGGCAUCUUAACAACUUCAAUGUCUGAUGGCGAUAAACACACUCCAUAA